CUGGCCUCCAUAAUACUCCUAUUCACGAUCCGAUCGUGCGCGCACGAGGUACUAAAGAUGGCGGACAGCCCACGACGGAGUCGAUAUAAAAGAUGGCGCUCUCGGACGCUUGACUUCCUCCACACUCGACCCGUCCUGAUCGUCAUCAGUAUCCUCAUCCUCAUCGACUGUCUGUCUCUCCUCGGACAGAUGAUGAGUGAUAUACAGUCCAUGCAGAUUCGAUUUCAGCUUGAAGAGGAUAACAUCCAGGUAUUUGAAAAUCACCUAAAAAUGGCAUCAGAUAAUGAGUCAUUUCCGGACGUUUCAAGCAUAAGUGAUGUCAUGAUUUUUUUACGAAAUAACAUGGAUGUGAUUUUAAGUGAUCGUUGUUCUAGUUUCUGUGUUCGACCAAGCUCAACUGAGAAUAAGGAAGUAGAACGUAUUGGAGUAAUUCGCGAUGUGAACUCCCCUAAAACUACCCCAAGGACUACCGAUAUUCCUUGUAUGAAUUCUAAGCAUAUAUGGAUUCAAUUCAACGAAGGGGCCGAGUCAACUUUCGUCGUUGGUGAAAUGGAUCUAAAUUUCAAGCGUCAUGUUGAGCACGAAUCGCACGGAACUCUGGGAGGAAUAUACAUCGUCUCACAGAUUUUAAAUAUCACAGGCGUCGUAAUCGUCACGUUUAUGUUUGUUGAGAUUAUUUUGAGAACAGUAUGCAGAGGGAGAUAUUUCUACAAGAAGAAACUCGAGGUGUUAGACUCUAUCAUUGGUACUGUGGCUUUUGUUCUGGAUGUUUCAUAUAUGUUCGGCCAAUGGGCGAGCAGUCCCGCCGACUCUGCGACCAUCCUCAUCCUACUGUUGCCAUGGAGAUUCGGUCGUGUCAUUUACAGUUUGAUCACUGCUAUGAACCAUCAACAUCAUAUUCAAAUGAAGCUUCUCAAGUCCGCCAAACGGACAUCUGACGUGAGGCUAGCUCACGCGCGAAAGCUUGUGCUGCAGAUGGAGAAAGAUGCGCAGUCGUUGACACUGCUUUGCAGACGAAAGAUGGCGACGGACACCGAAAUAGAUUCUUGUUAUUGCAGGACCACUACUGCAGCAGUAUCCAAGUUUGGCUCCACAUUGCUCAUGAUUAGCGCCCCUGCAUUGAGUGAAUCCGGGUUAUACCACCAGGGGUCGCGCGGUCAUCUCUUCCAGGAGGUGUUUGAUGAGGCUGAGAAUGUAUGUGGUGAUGUGAAUAAUAAUACCACGCCUCCGACUGAAGAUGUCGAGGAGCCCGAGUGUCCACGGACCCUGAGGCGUGCUGGCCCGAGGGUAGUGAAUGUUACACCGCCACUCGCAUAUCAACCGCUGGUUGACCGACCCGGGGCCCCAGUUAGUGUGGUAGAGCCUUGCAGGAGGCUUCUUGAUGAGACUAGUUCAACAGACUCAUCAGAGAAAAGCAGUUUAGAUAGAGAGACCACGUAUCUGUGAAGUGCGACGGAGGACAAUUAAAAUACGGGCGUCUGUGACUGGCGGGAAAUCAUUGCAAGGACACGACUUGUUCUAAAUGCAUGGCUUAAGUGCGCAACGUGAUUUGUAUUUUUGUUAAAGCUUCAUGGCUACAUCAUAACUAUAAUAGCUGGGUGCUUAAUUAGCUAUGCAGAGUAAUCUCCAGCUCUUUGUUAUGACAACAGUACAUUUCAU